CUAGCAUUGCGAGUGAGAAGCUGUGUUCGACUGGCAUAUCGUGAUGAAAAACACGACGAAGUGUUGACGUAAAUUCUAAUACAUCAGCUGGCAGUGACAUGGCUCAGCCAGUGCAGCCCUCAGGAGCCGACGCUCCUUCCGUCAGAGGAAGACCAGCUCGUCCCCUGACUGCAGAUGUUGCUUUCUUGAAGAGUUUCACGAGUGCGCUGUUUAUCACUCAGAUUGUCUGCAGUUUGAUGGCACUGAUCCUCUCGUGCUCAUGGCGUGGUCGCUACGUCGCGGGCCACGUUAUCUUCAUCGUCGGUGACCUCUUCGUGCUGCUCGGCAGCUCGGCCGUCUUCGCGGCACGGCUUCUGAAACUCGACGACCAUUUGCUCAGAAACUUCAUGUGGCCCAUCGUCUUCGCAUGCUACAGCGGCCCUGCCGCCCUCGUGAUGGUUAUCAUCAGUUGUAUUAUGGUCGGCGUAUCGUCGACAGCGUCUGCACUCAAGGCUGCGGCUGUUUUUGGGUUCUUCACGUGGACAGCGUUGUUACUGUGCUUUGUUCUGCACGUGAAGCCGCUGUGGGAUGAGAAGAUGCAACCUCGGGAGCGACAUGCAUCUCAAGAUGAUGCUCAGUCAAAUGACGACAGCGAACCGUCCGACGACUGGUCCAAUGACGAGGACAACAGCGCUCAACCCACAACUCCGAGCGUAACCCUGACGCGGGCCAUCGCUAGACCCUCGUCUCUAUACGCCUCUUCCCCGCCAGCGAUCACUGAGACGUUCCAUGUCUCAACGCCGCAGCUCGUCUACGCUCUACCUAAGAACUCUGUCUACGCGCCUACCACGCAUCCCGUCUGAUGUGUCUACCCGUCUACAACGCAUCCCGCCUAAUGUGUCUACCCGUCUACCACGCAUCCCGUCUGAUGUGUCUACCCGUCUACCACGCAUACCGUCUAAUGUGUCUACCCGUCUACCACGCAUACCGUCUAAUGUGUCUACCCGUCUACCACGCAUACCGUCUAAUGUGUCUACCCGUCUACCACGCAUCCAGUCUGAUGUGUCUACCCGUCUACCACGCAUCCCGUCUGAUGUGUCUACCCGUCUACAACGCACCCAGUCUAAUUAAUCUACCCGUCUACCUCUCAUCCCGUCUAAUAUGUGUCUACCCGUCUACCAAGCAUGCCGUCUAAUGUAUCUACGAUCCUACCACGCAUCCCGUCUGAAGUGUCUACCCGUUCACCAUGCAUCCCAUAUAAUGAGUCUACCCGUCUACCACGCAUCCCGUCUGAUGUGUCUACCCGUCUACCAUGCAUCCCGCCUGAAGUGUCUACCCGUCCACCAUGCAUCCCAUAUAAUGAGUCUACCCGUCUACCACGCAUCCCGUCUGAUGUGUCUACCCGUCUACCACACGUCCCGCCCAAUGUGUCUACCCGUCUACCACGCAUCCCGUCUGAUGAGUCUGCCCGUCUACCGUGCCUCCCGUCUAAUUAAUCUACCUGCCUACCACGCAUCCCGUCUAAUGAGUCUACCCGUCUACCACACAUCCCGUCUAAUGAGUCUAACCGUCUACCACAAAUCCCGUCUAAUGUGUCUACCCGUCUACCACGCAACCCGUCUAAUAAAGUGCGCGUAUCAAAAGAAUCGUUUUGACAUCCAAUAAUUUAUUUGUUUAUAUAUACGAUAAGUUUUAAAAACGAAUCAAAAGACUCCCUUUACCCAGUUCAUCUGCGCACUCGAAUUAAAAAUAGUUAAACUUUCUAGCGUAAGCGAAUUAAAAACCUUUAUCAUUUUUGGCGCUUACAAAUUCAAGACAUCUAUGAAUUUUGCUACAUAUAAAUAUAAAAAAAAUUGUUUUGAAGGAAACUGAUUUCGGCAGAUUCCGGCCUUCUUCUAAACAAUUGUUUAGACACAACUGUACACUUUUUUCUUCUAAACAAUUUCAAACAAUUGUUUUGAAUGAACUGUAAAAUAAACAUAUUUUGAGAAGCAUGCCGUUUUUUUACGAUCAAUUCAAAGUUCUCUCCAUGUAUAAUUACUCAUUAAUUAAUAUGAUUUGUACGCCUCAAUUUUAUUCAUUAAAAAGAAUAUUCAUAAUUGUAAUGUUUCAACGCUGAUGAUGGCAAAUGUUUUCAACUGAUUGUCUCUAGUUUGAUAUUAGUGUAAUCGUGGUUGACAUUCUCAACAUUAAACUAAUUCGAAAUUGACAUUUCUUGACCUGAAAAAUUUAAAAAACGCAGAAACGUUCAUCUAAUCUCCAAUUAAAAUCGAUUGGGACAUCAUUGACAUUGAAUUAUUGAAAAUUUUAUUUUUUUAGCCGCUUCCAUAAUUAACAAUUAAAUGGAUUUUUUAGGCAGGGCAUACUGCCAAAUGAUCUAAUUUCAGCAUGUAUAGUUGAUGUUAUUUACAGAAACAGGUAUAACGCACCGUAUUUAUUUGGAUAUAUUACCAAUUAAUCGUUAUCAAUAAAUAUUGAUAAAAGAUGUAAAACUAGCAUCACUGAGAGGUUUUAUCCCCUAUCUAAACUUAUAAUAGCAGGAUAAUAAAUGUUGACAUAGACUGGUAACUCAAUUGAGUGGAAAAAUACAGUAAGAGGAAACGAUGGUAAAUAAAUAAAACAAAAAUUCAAUAAUGUUUGGUCUGACAUUGUUCAUUGUACAAUUUCACGAUACAAUAUUUGUUUAUUUGUGCUGGUUGAUGAAGAUGAAGUAAUACUGAUGUUUGCUUGCAGUUUUUCGUUUCACAAAAAAAAAGAAUAUAAGAAGGGCACGUGAGUCAAUAGAUAAAUAUGAAUCACGGUGACUGAUUGGAUGUGUUUUUGAUGUUUUUAAACGUUUUAAAGUUUAUGAAGACUGUGUUAAUUGUGUUACCAGUACAUUUAAUAUUAUUUUUAAGGUGAAUAAUAUUUCUCAUUCAUAUCAGUGUUAUAAUAUUACUUUAUCAACAAUUUUUCACUGUAUAUGAUCCGUGAACGUGUAACAUUUAAUUUAAACUUGUGCGGUGCUUGUGGUGCGAUCGUCGAUUUGUUAAUCAAACGACUGCGACAGUUCUACUUCACCUAGGUUUUCUUUCAUCCCAUUUACUUCAUGAAGUUUAUAAUUUCAUUCAAAAUUACUUCAUAGCGUACACACAAUUCGUUUAAAUAAGAUCUUAGUUUGUUUAUUUAAAAUUAAUGAUUUUAAAUAUUGAAAUAAAGUCACAAUGUAAGCUUCCUAGGAAAGUUCCACCACUGAAAUAAAACAAUAAUUCUUCACAAA